CACCCUUGGUUUUGUCGAGCAUGCUCUGCCACUCCGCUGCCGGUCCUGCUCGAGGAGCGGGGCACGCCGCGGCCGCGAUGGACGGCACAAGGCAGUACACGUCACAGCCAAUCGUCACGGGUACUUCGGUUCUAGGCAUCAAGGACGGAGUGAUGCUGGCGGCGGACACGUUGGCGUCGUACGGCAGCUUGGCCCGCUACAAGAACGUCGAACGCCUCAAACCGUGAGUUUUUUUUUAGAUUCAUGCCUAGUUUCACGGUGCUGCGGGCGUGUGCUCCCCACAGCACCGCCUCGACCGCUGGGUUUUAUGUCAGGGAUGCCUGGUUGUUGUCUUUUUGGGGCGGGGCGAUGUGUUCGAUAGUCGGUGUUGGUGUCGUUUCAGGAAACACCGAAUUCGUUGUUAUGUGUGCCUGAUGCGUUAAGUUGUGUCCC